UGUCUGACCAGCGACCGGGAUCUUGGAGUAUUAGCCAGUAAGCAUAGUACCCCUGGGCAUCGCUAGCCAUACCCGGGUGCGAGACCGUCAGAUCCGACUCGAUACUCAUUAUCUAGCUCCCAGGUCACCACCUCGACUGUCCGAUCCUGUCCUCCAAAUUGGAGUCGAAAAGCACUGAGAACGGGCCAUCACCUGGGUGAUCCAAGGCUUAAACUCUCGAGGUCCACCUCGCCUUCAUCCAUUCUCCGAGCAUUCAGGGGAUCUGACAUAUCGAACCUUACCACACCAUUACUAUGACUUUUCAUCCGCGCGAAAAGGGGCGGAUGGCAAAAUCUGGAAGGUCAGAGGAGGAAUUCGUUCUUUUUCUUCAAGGGAUCCCUGCGCAUUGUCGAUGGCAAGAGCUCAAGGACCUGGUCCGUCAGACUGCCUUACAUAUCCGUCAAGCAGUAGUCUAUGACGACCAGCACGGAUUCCCAACCGGUCUAGGCCAGAUCAUCGUGAAAAACGAAGACGAAGCAUGGCGGACCUACCAUAGACUAUCCACCAACGGCUGGGAGGGUCAGAGUCUAGUUGUCACAUUGGCACGAACCAGUUCACCCACACGGCCAAUUGCUGGGCCCACAAAGAGUCCGACCUAUGUGGUGCCGCCCAACUAUAUAGCAGGCUACUCGACGCCGCCACGCGCCACCCAGAGCAUGGCCGUGCCUCCGUCCCCUAUUUCCCCCGAACCGGUCAUGUCCACGAGUCCAAAUGGCCCGAAAUAUCCAACCCCUGAUUACGGCCCCAUGAUCAAUCCCAUGGGGUUGCCCCAUCAGCCUUUCAUGCCUAUAUUCACAGAUCCCAUCACACAGCAACCCAUUCCCGCCAUCCCGCCAUCCCCUGCUCCUCUCCGUCACUCGUUUGGCGAUGCCUUCGCCGCUCCCAUCUUCCCACCAUAUCCGAUUCCGACCAUGCAACCGUUUCCUGAUGCCCCCAUGCACGGAGGCUUUCGUGUGCCCGGGCGUCGGGCCCACAUCUCCGGCAAAUCUUCCUACGGCCACAAUCCGGCCUACCAGCCCGGUGGCCCCGGCCCCCGUCCCUCCCCACGACGGACUAUCUUCGCACAAAACCUCAGUCCCACUACAACCGACAAGGACUUUUGUGCCUUCAUUGAAGACUGCGGCGCCAUAGUGGAGCAAUCCGAGGUGUCAACGGACCCAGGCACCGGCCGCUGCAAGGGCUUCGCGCGGGUGACGCUACGCACGGCGGAUGAAGCCAAACGCGUUGUGGCACUUUACAACGGCACCUACUUCAUGGGCGCUAGGAUCCGCGUUAAGAUCGAUCGGAGUAUCCAUCUCGCGUACAAUCUGGCCCGUGAGGGGCACGCGGGGCGUGCCUCUGCGCCAUCAGUUACCAUGAACCGCCCGGUCGUAAGAGAGGAUGGGCCAACCGGUGCUAACACUAGCAGCCAGCGGUCGGCAUCACUGUCAUCCUCUACAUCGUCCUCUAAAUCGGGCGAAUCUUGCGGACCCUUGGUCGUCAAUGGGUCUAAUACUAGACGGAGAGCUGUGGUUACUUAGCUUUCCGACAACCAGGUCACUCUAAUUAUCUAUAAUCGUAUAUGUCUCUUCACUUCGGGCGGUCAAGGCGGAUGGAGGGAAUCGGGGUCUUGUUUAUUGGUUUGGGAUCGAAUGUGAUUUAUCCGUCAUCUACUCCAUACGCGCGUGUCAUCGAGUGUUGUUUCCGGCGUCAGGGGGUAAAACGGGUACUAUAUAGAUUGGAUAGGAAGUUAGCGGUAUAGCGUCUAGAACGUAUCAAAUCCUGUUCUGUAAUAUAUAGCUCAAAAGAGAAUAAUAGUGAUAAUGCAUGC